AGACAAUGAAAGCCCUAGUGUACACCGGCACCCCCCAGCCAGAAGUGCAAACCAAACCAAUUCCCACGCUCGAGAAGCCCGACGACGCAAUCAUCCAAAUGGUGCACGGCACGAUCUGCGGCUCCGACCUGCACGUUCUCCAAGGGGACGUCCCCAGCGUAUCCCCCGGCCGGACUCUCGGCCACGAAGGAGUCGGGCGGAUCGUGGAGCUCGGCCCCGCAAUCCCCCGCAACAGAUUAUCCAUCGGCGACAUGGUGCUAGUGGCAUGCAUUACGUCGUGCGGGGCCUGCGCACUCUGCCAGCGCGGGAUGCGCUCACACUGCCUCACGGGCGGGUGGCAGCUGGGCCAUCUCGUGGACGGCACGCAAGCGGAGUACGUGCGGGUCCCGCAUGCCGCGGGGUCGCUGUACGUGCUUCCCGCCGGGGUGGACCCGCGGGCCGCCGUCACGCUUUCGGACGCGCUCCCCACGGCGAUGGAGUGCGGGGCCCUCGGCACCCGCGUCACCCCGGGCUCCACCGUUGUGAUUGUCGGCGCUGGCCCCGUGGGGCUCGCCGCCCUCUUGACCAUGUCCCUAUAUUCGCCCUCGCGCGUCGUCGUUUUGAGUCGCAACGAGACCCGUCUCGAACAUGCGCGUCGUCUCGGCGCAGACGAAACUAUCAAUACUGCUACCGCCCCCGAACGGGUUGAAGCCCUCGCCGCGGGCCCAGGCUUUGAUGCCGUCGUCGAGGCCGUCGGUGUCCCUGAGACGUUUGCCCUGUGUCAGCGUCUUGUUGCCCCGGGGGGUUCCAUCGCUAAUGUCGGCGUGCAUGGUCGUCCUGUUUCCCUCGAGCUGGAUAAGCUCUGGGGGCGGAAUAUCAGUAUCACCUCCCAGCUGGUCGAUACCGUCACCAUCCCCACCUUGCUUCGGCUCUGGAAAUCGCGCCGUCUUGAUCCGGCUUUGCUUCUGACUCACGAUUUUCACUUCAACGACAUCCUGGAAGCUUACGAGCAGUUCCGGAACUCAUCCCGCUUGAGAAUGUUGAAACUCAGUCUUAGCUUCCUUGAGCCUAACAAGGUGGGCUCGAGUGAGUUGGAGGAGAAUGAAAAAGUACAUAAAUCCAAGUUGUAGCUCGAGCUAAUUCUAGUAUCAGUUGACUAUAAGGUAUACAUUAUCUAACAAGACUACAUGCUGAGGCAC